UGAAGGUUAGUUGUUAGGUUAUUGGUAUUCCUUGUGAGUUUGAACAAAAAAUAUGGAAGAGGGCAACCAAAAGCGAGGGAGGAAAAGAAAAAAGAAUCCAGAAAAUUAUAGGAGAAAUAUAAUUAAAGAAAAAAUACUUAGAGGACAAGAGUAUGUUGGCCACAAUGGGAGACUUAAAAGAGCCAGAGGCGUCUCAUCACCAUGCAGAUGUCCAAAAAGGUGCUUCGAACAAUUUGAUGAAGCUGAAAGAGCUUUGAUUUUUGAUUCGCUUUACAAGUUGGAUAGUAAGAACGAACAAGAUCUUCACUUACAAAGAAUGAUUGAAAAACAUGAUGUCAAACAAAGAAGACCAAGGAAGGGAAAUGAAUCCAAACAGUAUGACAGUUCAUUUAAAUAUUAUGUACUUCUCCAAGGUAAGAAGAUUCAAGUUUGUAGAAACGCCUUUUUCCGACUAUACGAUGUCACUGACAAAAAAAUCAGGCGUAUUAGAAAUUUAUUAAAAGCCGGGGAAUCUCCUAGGGACAUGAGAGGGAAAAAAAGCCCCUCUAACAAGAAAACACCUGAUGUUCUGAAAUUGAUUCAUGAUCAUAUCGAAUCAUUCCCAGUUAAAAAAACACAUUAUGCAGCAAAAGAAUACCUUUACUUGUCUUCAGAACUCACCGUUAAUAAAAUGUAUGAGCUCUUUAAUGAAAGGUUUCCAAGUGUUGGUGUCAAAUACGAGUUUUAUCUUAAGUAUUUUAAUGAGAACUUUACAUUAAAAUUCGGUAAGCCCCAAAUAGACACCUGUGCCUACUGUGAGGAACGUCAAGUUAAAUUGAAAAGCCCUCAUAUUAAUGAAAAUGCAAAGCGUGUUGCCACUGCAGAGUUAAUGGUUCAUCGCAGGCGCGCUAAGCAAUUUCACAAAGCUCUUCAAGAUACAACAAAAAUGUCUGAAAAUAAUGAAAAAGUCGUUGGCCUUGUAUUUGACUUUAUGCAAAACAUUGAGCUACCAAAAAUCCCGGUGCAAGACGUAUUUUACUUGCGCCAGUUAACCGUGCAAGUUUUUUGUGUUUACAAUACAAAAACUAAACUUUCACAUUAUUAUGUUUAUCAUGAAGGAAAAGCACACAAAGGAAGUAAUGAUGUUACUUCAUUCUUAAUGGAUUAUAUUAGUACACUCCCUAGCCAAGUUGAGGAACUUCACCUUUUUUCAGAUAAUUGUUGGGGUCAAAAUAAAAACCACACAUUAUCUAAAGUUUGUCUUGCUUUGUGUGACUUGGGUAGGUUCAAAGUUGUGAAGCAGUUUUACCCAUUGCGAGGACACUCUUAUAAUCCUUGCGAUAGAAGUUUCAGUAUGAUCAAGAGGCCAAUAAGAAAACAAGACAGAAUUUACACUCCAAAGGAAGUUUGUGAAUUAAUAGUUAACUCUUCCAAGAAAUCUCCAUGUACAGUAACCUUAGUCGAAAGCGAUUUAAUUACUGACUAUUCCAAAUGGUGGCCUACGGUAUAUAAAAAGACAGCCGUAUCAAACGAAACCAAAACCUUGCCUCGUCAAGAGAAACAACAUUUUGUUAUUUCCAAAUUUUAUUAUUUCCAGUACUCCUAUUUGGAAAAAGGUACUGUCAAAGCAAGUAUGCAUAUAAGAACGGGAGAUUUUCAGACACUGCAUACGUUUAACUUGCGAAAGGGCCUGUGCCUCGCCCUACCAGAUACAAAAGCUUAUCCGAGGGGUUUUGUUCCCAUUAAAAGAAAGAAGAUUGUUGAUUUGAGAAGAUUGUAUAGUUACAUUCCAAACGAACACAUCCAAUUCUAUGAUGAAAUUCUAAACUGGGAAACGACGGACGAGCAAGAUAACAUUGAGUGA